AUGUCCACAGAAAAUACGCCGGAAAGCUCAAAAGUCGAAGCCGACAAGACCAUGCCGCAGGUUGUCAAUGUGUUCCAUUGAACUGAUGAAAUAAAGUUGCCAGAAUAUUAUAUCUGUGGUGGUAUGAAAAAAAGACCAGCGAAAAUUCAAACGGCGACUUUUCCGAUUUUUUCAUAUCGCUAGAGAACUUUCCGACGGCCACUUUUCCGACGGAUCCCUUUCCGACUUUUUUCCCUUAUCUUUUUUUCGGUUUUUUUAAAACAUCUAUUAACAUUUUUUUCCUAUUUCUUUGUGUUUUUAAUCAUCAACCAACUACCUACUUUAUGUAGGAAUAUUUAAAACGAAUAUUUUAUCGAGAAAAAAAGUCGGAAAAAGAUUCGUCGGAAAGGUGGCCGUCGGAAAGUUCCCUAGCGAUAUGAAAAAAUCGGAAAAGUCGCCAUUUGAAUUUUCGCUGUUCUUUUUUUCAUACCACCAUAUCUGUUUCCGCGCUAGCUUUCUUACCAGCUGCAGAACAAUUUUUUUCAAUUGGUCAUAAGAAAGACAAAUAUUCUUCCUAGGAUCUUCAGUAACUUCAAACUUUCACAGGUUGGAUUCAUAAUCGAGCAGGACGAGGGCAACAAAUGGCGCGUUUUGCGAAACGUUUAUUCCGGCCCGUUUUCCGACGUCUACAUUGUAUCAGAUGUAUGUAGGGUCAAAUUCUAAGCUUUCUAAGCUUUUUCGGGGUUUUUUCGCAUUACUUUUCUUCUAUUUAAAUUGGACCAUCUGUAAAUUUUCUACUGAAAACUUCGAAAAAAUUUGUGAAGCUGUUAAGAAUGACAUCAAUAUGUUAAACCUCACGCUUUCCUGGCUCUUCAUUCAUUAAACCACAAAAAGAUAGCGUUUCAAGGUGAAAAGCGGAGUUCGCUACGCGAUGAAAUGCGAAAAGACGAUGGAUAACGCGAGAUCCGUACUCCGAUUGGACGUGUUAGUUCUACGGGCCACGAUCGGAUUGGUCGGAUUCCCGCAUUUCAUCGCCGCCGGCAGAACUUUCAACUACAAGUGAAGCGAAAAUUUCCUCCAGGAAAUAUCGUAAUUUUUCAAGGUACUGUGUCAUGCAGUUGGUUGGCCCCGACUUGGGACGUUUGCGACGGACUCGGCCCGAUAAAAAGUAAAAAAAAAAAAUCAUUUCAACGACUUGAAAAAGUCUGACCUGUCUGCGACCUCUUUUCCCUCGUCGGCGAGGUCAUAGAAGCUGGAAAAUAUUAUGUAAAAACUGAGGAACUUCAGAGGGGCCCCUAUAGGGGCUCUUGGAGGGUCCCCGAUCACUUCACCAACCCCUAUAGGGACCAUUUAAACUUCCAAAAGUGGUCCCUACGGGGGCAUGCUAUUCGAUAUUUUUUAUGAACUCUAAGCAAAGAAGCAUGUCCAUGGGAAAAACUAAAUAAUAAAGCGUUUUUUGAAGGAAAUUGAAAGAGUCCCUAUAGGGUCCACUUGAGCUUUAGGGGCUAAGAGGUCAGACCCUAGACACCUAUAGGAACCACCUUAAUUUCGCCCCUAUAGGGGCCACUAUUUCGGCUCAAAUAGGAGUUUUUGCCCCUAACUCCUAUAGGGACCACUCUGGAAUUCUUAAGUAUAAACCUCAAAAACAGAUUUUUUCAAGUCGUGGCGAAUAAGGUAGUGAAGACCAGAGAAAAAGCAUUUUUUCAAGAUUUACAAUGGCGACGGCGCUCCGGAUUUUGGAUCAAACUCUGACGAGGCUCGAAAAUCUUCACGAUGCUGGCUGGCUUUGCAGGUUUAGGGUGGAAAAAAUUGAGAAAAUUAUUGAUUUCAAGUAGAAAAUUAGAGAGGUAUGAUAUGAGAGCUUGAAGAAAGUUGAGAGACAAAAAAAUAUUUAAAAAAAUUUUUUUAGCAAUUUUUAAAAAAAUUGAUCUUAGUGAUAUUUUUUUCUAUAAAAGAUUCUUGAUAGCUUUCAAAGAAGUUGGCUAUUUUUUUAAAAAAAUUAUUCUUGAAAAUGGCGAUUUUUUUGGCGCCUCUUUUUUUCUCGAUUUUUUUGCACAUUUUUCAUCAUGUUUUUAUGGCCCUAAUUCAAGUUUAAAGUUUAGAUUAGAACUAUUAGGCGUGAAAUUGAGAUUCAUCCAGGUUUUAAUCCGUUUCCCGUCGUACCAAGACCUUUUUUUUCGGAAUGGUGACCUUUUUGAAAAGGAUACUUUUACAGUUAUAAAAUGAUUCAAAUAAGCGGGUUGAAAUAAUUGAGCAAUCUUGGGAUUUCAGUUCUUGUAACUGAUAAAAUGAAACCUGAAAAAAUUCAAAAAAAUUUUAAUAUAGAGACGUGAAAGCUCCGAAUUUUGCGAUUGGACUGGACACCGACGAAUCGACGAUUUUCAUGCUCGACUUUGGCUUUGCCAGGAAAUUCAAGUGAUUUUCCUAUCACAAACGGAUAACGUUUCUCUCAUUGUAACGUCCUUGGUCACAUUUGCAAUGGUUCCCAUGGCGUUUUUUUUAGGAGAUAUUCGCCCAUAGUUUUUGCGUAAAGUGUAGUUUGUCGUGUGCAUGCACCGCGGCGCUCUCGCACAUGCUACGUUCAAAGUAAUAUUCGCGAAAUUCAAAAUCAUCUGAUAUUCGGAAAUUCAGUUAUAUUUUCCACUAUCUGAAGAUUAUUUUGAAUUUGGCUAGAUCACUUUGAACACGGCAUGUAUUCAAAAAAAAAACGAAACAGAAAAAUCGCGUUUUUUUAAAAGAAUAAAUAUAGUCGUCUCAUGACCCAUCGAACAUGCGCCUUUAAUAUUUCCUGCUUUUACGCGUUUUCCCCAUGACGGGACGUGGGAACGGCGGAAGUUUUGACCACGCCCCCUCAAUUUUUGGUUUUGCAUUUUCUUCCACUAUCAAAAACGCCGUGUGCACCCGACCAUGAAACGACUUUAAAAAUCGGUCAAACUUGAAAAAAUAUGUAUAGUCUGUUCAGAUUUUGAUUGUCAAGCCCAAUGACGGCAUUCAAAAUGCCUCUCUGAUUGGCUUCUUGAGGAAUUAGGGGCGGAGCUUGAGGCUUGACGUUAAAAUCCUGAACAGGCUAAAACCGCGACAACGACGCAUUGAGUCAUUCCAUGGUUAUAGCCUUUCCGAAAAUUCUUUGCUGGGAUAUUUAGAAGUGAUGGAAUUUUUCAUGAUGUUUCAUAUUCCUCUAGACCUUUUUAAAAUUUCUCUAUGCUCCUUUAAACUCUAGGAAAGACCUUUUGAAACAAAAGUCGGCCCUGAGAAAGAUUAUCAACUUUCUAGAGACUCUGACGGAAAAGUGAUCCCACCAAGAGCGGCAGCCGCCUUGAUGGGCACAUUUCAGUACUGCGCAGUCUCCGCCCACUCUCACAAGGACCAAUCGGCGAAGGACGACCUGGAGAGCUGGUUCUACAUGGCUAUUGAGCUACUUAAAGGCAAGGAUUUAUAAAGAACGUUUGAGGGAAAAUGAAGUGGUCACUUUAGUAGCUACUUGGCUUUUUUUUUCUUUUUGGCCAUUGGUACAUGCUAAGCAAUUGAUAAGAUGCUGGAUAGUUUCCUGGGAAAGUGGCCACUUAAGAGGUUCCUCAAGAACUCCAAAGCGCCCACUACAACCGCCGUACCAACAAUUCUGCUCUAAGUGGCUACUAGAGUAGUUUUUAGGAGACUAGUAGAACCACUUAGGCUUUUAAAGCGGUCACUAACCGGACUUCUAUGGUGGCCACUCAAACUUCGAAAACCCUAAAGUGGCCACUAAAAGUUUUCCCAGUUCAAGCUAAUAACUCAUUUUCAAAGUUCCUCCCUUGAAUGACCUUUGGCUAUUUUCUAAGAAGACUUCUCAUGAUUUUUUCAGUGAUAUAGAAAGAAUUCCAGGCCCACUGCCCUGGGCGGCGAUCGACGGCCGAAAAAAUCAUAAAUUGAUUGGCGAGCAAAAACAGUUGAUCCGGAGCGAACCGGCCAAAAGUACCUUCUUUUCGGGAGUUCCUAUCCAAUUUCAAGAGAUUCUACAGUUGAUUGAUGGCACUGGGUGAGAAACAGGAAAUUGAACUUGGAUCUUUCUUAAAAAUUGUUUUUUGAAAGUGGUAGCCUAUAGGCUUAUGAGUUAGAACCAUAAAUUAUAAUUAAAACGUGAUUUUUUGCUUUUUUCCAAGAAAUUUUAUAUGAAGAUAAUCUAUUGAACUUUUAUGUUUAUGAAUUUUAGCGCAUUUCAAAAAUUAAAGUGGGAAAAAUUGGGUUAAUGGAGUUCACAACGAAUUACGAGGGCUAAAAAUUUGAAUAAUAUUUUCAAGAUUCUCUCAAAAAAAUCAUUUAUAUAAUUCUCUCUCCAACAGCUUGUACGUUUCAUCUGCCGUUUUAAAUGGCGGAGUGAUAAUCUGUUUAUUAAUGUCGUUUUUUAGUCUUCUUAAUUAUGAAUAAAUAUGAGUAAUUGAUCUUUAAUAGCCCAUUCCUCUUUAACUUUUCACCAUUUUCGUUUUUCCUCCGAGCUACAGAACCCUUCCCUUCGAUUUGCGUGGCUUGACUAGGUAUAUGUGCCUUUAAUUCAGUCUUAGAAUAUCCAUUGUUUUAAAGGAGCAUGCGCAGAGACUGGCCGAGCGCAUUGAAGGGAAGAAUUUUCCUCUUAUAUAUCUGGUCCACGGCUGACUUGAGUUAUCGAAAAAGGGUCCUGAAACGAUAAAAGAAGAGAUAGUGUCUGGUUGUGGAGAGCGCAGGCAGGCCACGCCCCCUCAGCGUCUCAAGAUAGACGUGAAUCGGCUGUAUUAAAGGCGCAUGUACAGAACCAGGAAUCGAAGUAAUGAUUUUUUUUUCUAUAAGUUUCUCUUAAAUUAAAGGCGCAUAAACAGAGACAGUUCACGCAUCCCGAAGCGAUGGGCUGUGGAGCUCGGAGUAAAAAAAAACUAACGCUAUAGCCGAUUCACGGCUAGCUUGGGACGCUUAGGGGCGUGGCCUGUCUGAGCUCUCUCCGAUCCAGGUACGUCUCUUUCCUUAUCGUGUCAGGACCUUUUCUUCGAUGGCUCAAGCUAACCGUGAAUCAGAUAUAAAUGAACCUUAAUUCAAAAACUGAUUAAAAAAAAAGAUUAUUUUGAGAUUCUCCGACCGGCCCUGUUACGCUCGUUUGAGGGAACUCCUCCAUCAGGCGGCUUUUUCGAAUUCCGUCACUUUGCGGGAACCUUUUGAUUGGGAGGUUUAGGCAGUGAAAAAAAAAUUAUUGAAGCUUCGAAAAACUCACUUCAUCAUCAUCAUCAAAAUUUAUGGGUUGUUUUAGUCACAUUCCAAAGCAUCAUUAAUGUUUCUAAUAGUGGAUCUUAGCGUAUUUUUUGACAUUAGUAUUUCAGAAAAAGCGUUAGAAAAUUAUCGAUUUUCAGAUUGGGCUUUAGGGCCAACAGAACGAAGAAAUGAGUUCUAAUAAAACGAGGAUUUUUUUUAGAACAACCAACGGAUGCAAAAUAAAGCAGAUUUCGUCGGUGAACUCGGGGAAUCCAACUUGGCUUCGGCUCGGCUCGACGCGAAAAGUAAUCACUUAAAUGUAAAUGUAUCCGUCAAAUUGCGUGUACCAAGGCGCAUGAAUACGUAUACUAACUUCUGAGAAAAAGACAGAAAAAUGAAAAAUGAAAUUUGAAAUGAUAGAGAAACCACAAAAUCGACUUUUUGUAGAUUUUUUUUUUUUAGUUUCUUCUGUCGUUUUUUUUUCAUUAUCUGUUUAGAUUUUAAAUGUCGAGUAAAAUGACUUCAUUCGAAUAGACUCUGUGGAUAGCUCGCUCUCUGAUUGGUUUAUCGCGCCAUUAGGGGCGGAGCUUGACGACUUGACAAAAAAAAACCUGUCAUCUAGUGAUGUCGUGUCCGAAGAAGUUCGGCGGUAAACUCGAAAUUUUCUCUCAAUUCUUAGAAAUUAGCCAUUUUUUUCCCUAUCCUAUGCAGUGUUCAAAGUGAAUCCGCAAAAUUCAAAAUAGCCGGCAAAGAAAUAAAAAGAUAAUCGAAUAUUGGAGACGCAGAGAUUUCGCGGAAAUAAACUCGGACACGGCAUGUGCGAGAGCGUCGCAGUGCAUGCACACGACACACUACACUUUACGGAAAAAUGAAUAUUUUGUAGAUUUUGGCGAAUCAAAAAAAAUUUUUUUCAUGAACUUUGAAGUUAUAGCCCCGGAAUUCAAAACAAAAAAAUACUAGAAUUUUUUUUCAGAUAGUCAUGACUUGAUCAUGGAGGUUGAAUUUGAAAAUGCCGAGGAAAUAACGUCGCCGUAAGUUUUUUAAUGAAAAUGAGAAAAAUAUUUUUUUUUGAGAAAACCACUCGUCACACCGGCCCCAGUCGAGCCAGAAGUCCGCAAAAAAAGAACCUCAUGAAGAGUUUUUUUGUUUUCUUGGUUAUUUUUCAGAGAUUUGAUAUUCUAGAACUAAACCAGUUUUGCUGGCUUCGGUGCCGCCAAUAGCCGUGCCAGUACAAGUUCCGAAUUUAGGGCCGACACAUGCAAAUUUGAUCAGUACGGCGGCAAAAGAGUGAGUUUCAAUAAAUGUCGGACACUUGUAAAAAUCGAACACUUUAGAAAAAAUAGUGUUUUUUGUUGAUGGAAAGGUGAACAGCGUGCAUAUAGUUGUUAUAGAGCAUUCAAUAGACUAUUAGAUCUUUUUUAGGCCCAGACGGAAAAAUUUUACUAAUUUUCAGCUCUCUUAAGUCACGCGAAAAGUUUUGAAACAAAAAAAAAUAACAUGUGAUUGAGAGAGGAUCAGAUAUUUGUGUGGAAUGUCCCGGAUCAGCUUCUUACUCACUUUAGUUUUCAAACUUAUACCGUCCUUAAGGCCCAAAUUUUUCCUUAGUUUGAAAUUUUUCUGAAGUUUUUUGAGAUUAUAGUUAUUCAAGGAUUAUCAAGCUCACACUUUUGAAUUUCUUUUGUCUCUGAAACAUGAACUUAGGACACCUACAGCCAAAGAUAUGAUUUUUUGACCUUAAGUUAAGGUUUUUCCUUAAUUGGCUUUGUAUUGCUUUCUAAAAGAACUAACUGAGAAAUCGGCAGAGAAUAUGAUUUUUCUUCAAUUUGAAAAAAAAAACUAGAAAAAAUUUUGCUGAAAGUUGAAAGUGAAUGAUCAGAAAAAGGGGAAAAAGUUUCCAAAAUUUAAAAAUUUCUGCUUUUAGCAAUCCAGUCGUGUCCACCCCGCCGAGUGAGCCAGAACCGCACAAAAAAGAGCCUCAAGAAGAGUUUUUAGCUUUUCAAGUUGUCUCGAUUAAAUUGAGAAUUUUAGAGUUAAACCGGUUUUAUUGGCAUCGGUGGCGCCGAUAGUCUUGCCCGUUCAAAUCCCGAAUUUGGGACCCGCCCUUGCGAAUAUUAUCAGUACGGCAAAAGAGUGAGUUGGACUAGUUUGAAAAUCGAGGAAACUCGUAAAAUGCGGAUACUUUGGGAAAAUGUUAAUUUAAGUUGUUAUUGUUGCAAGUGAUGAUAAGAGUGUUGAAAAUUGCUUGAAAUUUUGCCCUCUGUGUGCCACGACUUGAAAUUUCACGGAACGACAUUCCGCUGUUCCGCUGCGUGCGUUCGCGAAGCGUCUUUCGAAUCUAGGUCACACUUUCAAUUGAUUGUUAUUGCUGUGGACGCACAUGAAAGUAGAGUACCUUAAUCAAAGGAAAAAAAAAAUUAAAAGCGCGACCAAAGCUCGCAAAAGCGCACAGCGGAACAGCGGAAUGUCGUUUGGUGAAAUUCCAAGUCGUGGUACACAGGCUAUAACGUUCUCAAAGCUUUGAGAGUUUGAAUAGCUUCUGUAUGAUAAAAUUUUAGAACCUGAAAAUUAUUUUUUUCGGCGUUUAUAAGGAUCAUUCAAACAUUUCUUGAAACCUUCUACCGUCUCAAUUUUUUUUUUCGUGCUCCGAGGACCCGCAAAUUUGAAAAUGUGUACAAAAUGUAGAAAAUGAGUGAAAAAAUUGCGCUCGCCCCUUCUCAUCAGCUGCUCUGCUAUUUAUUAUUUUUAGACUCUUGAGACAGUCGCCGAUCCUAAGGGAGCGCAGGAAAGAGAAGCAAGAAGAAGAAGCCAAAAAGUAGGAUUUUUUUUUUCUGCUCAUUGAAAAGAGUUGAGUCAGGAGCAUUUGCGCUCUAUUGAACAACUUUCCGGAUUUUCCGAAGAACUGAGGCAAUAACUUAGGAACCAUAGAGUGGUCCUUAUAGGGGCAACUUUAAGACCUUGAAAACCUUCCAGAGAUCGCUCCACCAACUCCUAUAGGGGACACUAAAGCUGGAAAAAGUGGUCCCUACAUGCUAUUGAAUAAUUGUCAUGAACUCUAAGCGAAGAAGCAUUUCCAUGGGAAAAAACUGAAUAAGUAUCUUUUUUGAAUGAAAUUGAAAGACCCCUUUAGGGACCACUUGAGCCUUAGGGGUCAGACCCUAAACCCCUAUAGGGACCACUUUUUCGCCCCAUUUAGUGGCUCUUUUCUCCCCUGACCCUAUAGGGACCACUCGGAAAUACCUAAGACUGAUCUCUUCCAAUGACUCAACCCCUUAUCAUGAUCAAAAUCAAUCAAUAAUUGAUUUUUCUAGGACUGGAAGCUCAACGGACCACAGUCAUGAUCAAUCCUCGACCAGUGACGAUAACUAA